GUUUCCUGCUGCUGGCGGAGGCCGAGGGAGGUGGCGGUGGAGGCGGUGGACGGAGGACAAGAAGCGCCCCGCAGCCGGAGCGAGCCUCGUCCGCGGAGGAAGCGCAGCAGCGCCGCCGCCCCCACCACCUCCUCCUCCCGCUUUCCUUCCGUGUGUGUGUGUAUUUGUGUGCAUUUGCUCCACCGCCGCCCCCUUCCUCCUCCUCCGCUUCCCUUUGCAGCCCCUUCGCGUCUCUUCCUCCCCGCAGCCCGGGACAAUAGAAGCAAGGGAGAUGUCCUCCUCCGGCGGCGGCGGCGGCCACCAGCACAGCCAGAGCCGCGCCAUUCCCACCCGGACGGUGCUCAUCAACGACUCCUCGCAGCUACCUCAUGACUAUUGCACCACGCCCGGGGGGACGCUGUUCUCCACCACGCCCGGAGGUACCCGAAUCAUCUAUGACCGCAAGUUUCUGUUAGAUCGCCGGAAUUCUCCCAUGGCUCAGACUCCUCCUUGCCACCUUCCAAAUAUCCCAGGAGUUACCAGCCCUGGUACAAUGACUGAGGAUUCCAAAGUGGAAGUAAACAAUCUGAACAAUCAUGACGGGAAGCCUAUAAUUGGUGAUGAUGCUCAGUUUGAGAUGGACAUCUGAUCUUCCAUGAGGGGCAACCAUGGGGAGACAGCAACUCCUGAUCACCUGUGCACAUCUGAUUUGGCCAACAGGAUCAACAACUGAAGGAUGGAAGAAGAAGAAGAAGCUGUUUUCCACUGGAAUCUUCACUUCAGCUUUUGAAGUGCCAAAGGAUAAGAGGACUAUUUACCCCACUCCCCUUGAUUCCCAUUAGCCAUGCAAUGCUUCACCCUUCCUCCUUUGCUCUCCCCCCCCACUUUUUGUUUUUAACCCUUUCAUAUCCCUGGUUUGUGACUGAAUGGAAACCCAUGAUAAAUUUAUAGAGCUAAGGAGUGUCCCUUGGCUUCUCGCACUUUAGAGACAACUUAUCAAAUCAUGCACACGCGAGAACUUGGCUUCCAUCAGCAUUUGGAUAAUUAUUGCAAACAACAACACCACCACCACAAAAAGGGGCCACAGAAGGGGUGGAUAUAUGCUUGAAGGGACACAACACUGCCGUUGUUCUCCUCUCCCUUAACUGCUGUCAAUUUAAUCCCAUUUGGUAACCUGUUUCUGUGUAUCUUUCAUUUGUGUGUGCAGUGCACUCACUCAGAUUCUUCCGCUUCUCCUUACUAAUUAGUAUAUCUCGGCACUUGGUGGGGUUCUGUCUUGUACAAGGGCUUUGCUGUGAUGCCUUUCCAAAUUAUAAGUCCCCAUCCUGUUCUGAAGAACAGGUGAGAAACCUAGAAAGAGCCACCACUCAAAUCAUGCAUAUUUCCUCCUAGUGCCUGCUAGAAACUCCCCGUUUUUAAAAAAAACAAC